UACCGGGAUCAGUGCUUGGCGAUCGAGAAACUUUUGUCUACUACAUUAGAUCCGAUUGGCGACCAUCAACUUUCCCCAUUUCCUGUGAUCGUAGGCCGUCGGCCUAGCUUUUUACACACUUCUCUUAGUCCUACGAAUACUUAUCUUCAUGCUCCGGGAGUAUCUGAGCCCAUUUUAAGCUUAGCGGGCUUGCCACCUUGUUUGUCUGCUCUUCUCUCAGAGGUUGACCUGAGGCUUGACAACGCAGAAGUCCAAAUUUCUCAUUUUACUCAACAGCCUGCUCGAUCUGAAGCAAAGAACCUUCCAGAAGUUAGCUAUGCCACCACUACUGAACCUAGCCGACGAGUCCUAGCUUCCACCGGCCUCUCCGAGCGCAGGUUCGAUGUCUCUCCUGAACGCUGUCGUGGCUCAAAUCCUAGUCCCAGUCGACAGAAUUCUGCUUCUACUAAGCUACCACUUCCGGCUUGCUCAGUCUUCGUUGAGGGCAUAGGCUGGGCCAGUGUUCCAUCUGCAGAGGAGCUACAGGUUCAGUUUAACGAUGGCGCACGUCUGCUCAUAAUUUAUUCUGAUAGCUUAGUUCGUCAGAUUCGCUUUACGCCCCCAGUCGCACAUAAUGGCCUUGCUGAUCCAAUCGAGGAGUGUGUAUUUGCUCCAACUGAUCGUCUACCAGCUGAACUCCACUCACGGCUUGCUCUAAUGCCUCGUGUGGUGAAGUGCCUUCGGUCGUCACAUCUCUGA